GCCCCGUCCGUACAUACGUUUUCUUCGCCCCGUCCCUCCGUCGCUCUCUCUUCGCCGGCCGCGCAGCGCCGACGCGACGUCGCGCGCUCCGGAGCGUCUCGCCGUCUCUCGCCCGGCAUUUUUUUGCCUCCCGUCCUUUAACUACUCCGGCGCGUCUCCGCACGAGGAUAUAUACACACACACACGAGGGAGUGCGGAGGAGUCGCCGCCGGUGUCGCAAGCUCUUUCUUUAUUCGCCGAGGAGUCGGCUCGCGGUCCGCCAUCGUCGCCGUCGUCGUCGCCGCCGUCCCUGGCGGAACACCUGCGCACCGAUACGAGGCGUAGCAGCAUGGUAUGGUACCAGUGACUGAGAACUCCCCCGAAACAUGAAGAAGCAUCCUCACAUCCUCACGUGCGCCCUGUUCCUGCUGCUGUCCCUGGCGUUGGGCUACAGCCUGCAGGAGGACGACCUGGUCUUCGACGAUGUCGGCGAGGACAAUGACAACGGCAACGUGCCCAACGUCCUGAUGAAUCCCCAUUCGCGCCGCGGUCAGACCGAUCGUCACGAGCACGGAUCGUCGUCCCGCGAUGGCAGGAGGCACGCCUCGCGGGUCGAGAGGGCAUGGGGCGUGCCGGACUCCAUCCUCCUGGCCGGCCACGUCUUCAGGAUGAAAAUACCGCAGCAGGCUUUCUCGGGAAGCGUGGUUUCUUACGAGGUCCGCGAGACCGCGGAUCACGAUCGUUUCCCGCGAUGGUUGCACUGGGACGACGCCGCCUCCACUCUCCUGGGCGUGCCGGCGGAAAAGGACGUGGGCCGUUAUCACCUGAGCGUCACAGCUGUCGGCAAACACCGCGACACCGCCGAGGAUCAAUUCAUCGUUCAAGUUUUACCCGAGCGCGAGGAACUCAAUCGUAAGGGCAAGAUGCGCUGCAACGAGGACGAGGACGACACGAUCCUCCAGCUUAUACUGAACACGCGGAUGGACCAACUUUCGCCUACCGUCAGGGUGAACGCCAUCGAGAACCUGGCCGGAUUUCUGGGAAUGCACACGAGCGCACUCUCGAUGUAUUCUCAAGAUGUCAACACGCUGAGUUCCUUCGUCAUCUUUACCGGACGCGGGAACGUUAGGCGUUCCAAGCGCCAAGAGAAUCAUUUGACUGUCAUCCAGUGGCAGGUUGGCUGCGACGGUCACCUAUGGAAGCAUCAGAUGGAGUUGGUGAAUCAGUUACGCGAGCAGGCGAAAGACGGUACUCUGGCGGAAGUUCUGGAGCUUCCUGUGAUAUCGUGGCGCGUGAAGACGAUCCAGAACCCCUACCUGAGAAACAGACGGGAAGCCGGCUCCGGCGACUACGAUUCGGACGAUUACGGCGGUUACGAUGAAAAUUACGACGAUGAUUACGACGAUGAGGACGAGGAGGAUGAUAACGAGGACUCCCGAGUACCGCCGACUACCAUACCCGACUUGAAACACCCUCACCGGCAUCACCACGGCGAGGAGACGAUCGAUUGGAAUAGCGAAAACAUCGACGAGGAACAGAUAAUACCGAGAAUGAGUCAAAGUGAAUUGGAGAAUAAAACUACGGCCACGACAAGAACCACUGAACUUACUACAUCAUCACCAUCAACAACUACAACCACCUCCACCACCACGACGACAACUACAACCAUCACCCAAGCCGCGCCAACGACCGUAGCUUCUGCUAGUAGCACCACGACGACCGUCACGUCAGCCGAUGUAACAGCAACAGCUAGUAUCUCCACUGCUGUAGCCCCAUCGAUAGAGUCUCCGCGAUCGGAGACCACGGACGAGGAAUCGUCGACGGAGAGAACGAGACCCGUGGAAUCCGCCGAACCCGUUACCGUUUUACCAACCAUCCCUUCGGACAUCACCACGACUCCUCUUCCCGUAACCACUCUGCCGCCGCCUUUUAGCACAUCGGCCACCCAGACCAGUAUCUCUGACAAAACCGAAACGGAGACCGUCGUUGGUAUUACUAAUGUUACGACGGAAGAGCCGGAACAAACCACGACUUCCAUGAGGGAACCGACUACUGCACCGACGUCGAUUGUUGUCGCGGACAUUAACACCACCACUCCUUCGUCUACGGUUGUAAUGAAUGCCACCGCUUCUAUUGUCACGCCUGUAGUCGUAAAGGAUGACACAACUACAACUACGACUACGAUGACGAUGCCGUCAACGUCGGAUCUUCGCCCAACGACGUUGAGCACAACACCGUCUACUACCAGCACGACCACGACUACGACCACGACUUCUACCACCGCGGCACCUACAACCACCACAACUACGACAGUUCGGACCACCACGGAGAGUAUCGAGUAUGGUCAGGCCAACUUCCCGCCGAGACGCGACAGGAGAUUGAAGAAGAUACCGGUGACUGCCGGAAAACCGUUAUGGUACACCAUACCGGCCAACACCUUCAUUGAUCUCGAAGACGGCGACACGAGGAACCUGAAGUUGAGCUUGUACUGGCAAGGUGCACCGCUCAAAACAACUCACUGGCUCCAGUUCAAUCAACAUACCCAGGCAGUCUAUGGACUGCCUCUCGAAAACGAUAUAUCGACCUGGAAUUACGAACUGGUUGCCACGGAUAGAGAAGGCGCCAACGUCACCGACAGUCUCGACAUUCACGUUCAGCAACACAAACUGAGUCGUAGCGUCAAUCACGAAUUCAGCAUUUACCUGAGAAUUGACAAACGAAACGAAUUCCCAACUGACGUUGACUGGGAAAUCCAGGUAAUCGAAAGUUUGGCUAAACUUUAUGGAGACAGCGACACUCAACAUAUCACGGUUCGUUCCAUCGAUAUCGACUACGAGCAAGCCAUUUUUACAUGGACUAAUGAUAGUCUUCCAAGAAGCAGCGAGUGUCCGAGAGAAAAUAUAAACAGAUUGUCACGCGUACUCGUCGACAGCGAUGGAGAUCCGUCGUCUUCUCUAAGAACGGCUCUUGGGCCAGAAAUCAGGGUGAAGCGUGUCGUGACACAAGGUAUUGGACAAUGUGAGGAUAUGAAUCGACCCGAGAUACCGACAGUGUCUACUGAAGAGCCGAAAGUCAAUUUCCCACCGGUACCGAGGAACCAAGUCGAUCACGUUAACGCGACAGUUGGCCAGUUACUCGUGUUUAAAGUGCCCGAAGACACGUUCUUCGAUUCCGAGGAUGGAUCGUCGCGAAACAUGAAGAUGUCACUUUUGACCAUUGAUCGACAACCUAUUGCACCUCGCGAGUGGCUACAGUUUGAUAGCAAGAAUCAGGAAUUUUACGGCGUGCCAAUGAGUGCUCACAUUGGCCGCAAGGAAUAUCAGUUGGUUGUGACUGAUACAAAAGGUGCAAGCGCCACGGAUGGGUUGGUCGUCGUUGUUCAUCCGGCGCCUCCGAUGGCACACACAGUAGAGUUCUCGAUGACGCUGGACAUUCCCUACGAUUCCUUCGCGCAUUCCGCGCUUCAGAAGCGUAAUUUCAUCGAGAAAUUGCGCGAUCUCUACGGGGACAGAGACACGAGUGCUAUCUUGCUGCACAACAUCUCGAACGGCAGUACCGUCAUCACGUGGCACAACAGAACUCUACCUACGUCGUAUUGCGCCCAUGAAGAGGUCAACAGGCUGCGAUCCGUUCUUGUGAAGAGCGACAAUGACCGGCGUUCCGUGACGGACGAAGUAUUGGACGUGAUGGGUCAGAAGUUCCCGGUGAAACAGAUCACGGUGAUCCCGAUGGGUAUCUGUCUUGGCGAAUUAACGGGCGUCCACUCGCCGGACAGCCACGUGCCACCGGUGGACGAUUCCACGUCUGUCGGAGCGUUCCAUGAUGAUUAUCUUCUCACCUUCGUUCUCCCUGCAAUUAUUAUCGCUGCAAUGCUCAUUCUGGCGGGAAUAAUCGCAUGCGUGCUACACAAACGAAGACGUAGCGGGAAGAUGAGCGUCAGCGAACAAGAUGACGAGCGGCAGAGUUUCCGGAGCAAGGGAAUUCCCGUGAUUUUCCAAGACGAGCUAGACGAGAAACCGGAUCCUGGCAAUAAGUCACCCGUCAUUCUGAAGGAGGAAAAGCCACCUCUUCCACCGCCCGAGUACCAGAAAGCCGAGGACGGCGCCGACGUGCCGAUGCUGCCGAAGGAGAACUCCGAGGAACCGUACCAACCGCCACCGCCGUUCGCCACGAAUCGCGACACCAAUCGACAAAAUCGUCCCAAGCCCACUCCGACGUACAGGAAACCGCCCCCCUACGUGCCUCCCUAACAAAAUACGGUGCACUCGCCUACGCGUAAAUAUAUGCUAGCAAUGCUCGGAGACUCACCGAUACACAAGCAAAACCAAAUUAAUUAUAAAAAGCAAUCUCGAAUUGGCGACGACGACGAUCGUGGGACUCUGAACGUUUAUAGCGACGUUUGAACGAAGGCCCUUCUCCAUUCACCAGGUACGAGACAAUAUACUGCUUUGCGAGGCGUGAAUGGAAGAUUCUUCCGCGAGAACAUACUCCGAAUUCGCGCGCGUUUUUACUUAUUUUAUAUAUGUAUCAGCAACGGCACGUUUCACCAUCGAUUUAACGGAAAAAAGGAAAAAAAAUAUCCCUCAGGUCGAUAUUCGGUCGACAUGUUAUACUCUCUUUCUCAAUCAUCUAUAUUUCACGCGAAAGAAAAAGGAAAGA